UAGCAGAAUUGGCUAAGCCACUGGGUCUAAGUUCCUUUCCCUUUCUCUUCUUUCUAUAUCUUCUGCCUUGGCCUCCGAUUCUUGCCUACCACUUCUGACCUUUCUCUUAUUCCAUUCUUCUUCUUCCUCUUCUUCUUCUCCCUUUCCUUAAGUUUUCUCAUCACCUUUCUCACAUCCAUCUCUUCUCCGAUCGUCAUGUCGUUCAGAGGCCUCCGACGGCAAAACACUUUAUCUGCAAUGGGUGUGAAUGAACACACCAAGAAAACAUUUUCUGAACUGCAAAGAAAGAAAAUGUAUCGGUAUGUAAUCUUUAAGGUUGAUGAAAAGAAACGAGAGGUGGUGGUUGACAAGAUUGGUAGUCCUGCAGAGAGCUAUGAAGAUUUCACUGCUGCUCUGCCCGACAAUGAUUGUCGCUAUGCCGUGUAUGAUUUUGAUUUUGUGACAUCCGACAACUGUCAGAAGAGCAAGAUAUUUUUCAUAGCAUGGUCUCCAGCUAGCUCACGAAUCCGUGCUAAGAUGCUCUAUGCGACAUCUAAAGACAACUUUCGGCACGAGCUCGAUGGCAUCCACUAUGAAAUUCAAGCUACUGACCCUGCAGAGAUGGACCUGGAAGUGAUCAGAGACCGUGCUCAAUGAACAUUAUCAGUUUGUUUAAUUUGUUGUUCCCUUGGGGAUAAGCCAGCUUGUAUUUUGAAUGCUUAUUAAUUGGUUUAUCCCUGCUUCGAUAUGUGUAAAACCGAUCGCUGGAAAAUGAAAACAUUGCACAAAACCGUAAAAUAAACUAACAUCUGCAGAAUGCUGAUAUAUGGUGGAUCGACAUGAUGUUGCUGUCUGGUUGCUAUGACUGCUUCUCAGAUGAAGAUAAGUUUGUAAUAGAAAAAGGCUUAGAAUCUAUCAAACCUUAUUAUCAUUGGAAAUUUGUUCUACGAUGCAUCUGCCUCAA